AUUAGUCACGCCUGCUGUGGCACGCCUCAGCUGCAGCGCUCGAGCACUUUAAAGCAGUUUGUAACAUUUUUUUGCUUCUCGUGAUUCCGAAAUGGGAAAGGUGGUGUUUAUUUCGAUUAUAGUGGCUGCCUUAUCUGCGCUGCUCGGAGAGAGGUUCGUCAACUUCAGGAAAAUUACCCUCGCUUCGAAUGAGCUGGUCCAGAAUCACCUCCCCAACUGUGUCGCACUCAAAAAUCUGGAUCAUGGCUCAGAGGAUAUAACGAUCCUUCGAAACGGGCUCGCCUUUAUCAGCACUGGUCUGAAGUAUCCUCGAACGCCUUUCUCAGAUGUGGCUGCAAAGAUCUUCACCCUCGAUAUGCAAAAUCCUCGGAUGAAACCAGUGGAGCUUCGAAUGCCAAGAAACUUUGAUCUGGAAUCAUUCAGCCCUCAUGGCAUCAGUGUAUACACCGAUCCAAGUGAUGACACAAUAUACCUGUUUGUUGUCAAUCAUCCUGACCAAAAAAGCCAAGUAGAGGUGUUUAAAUUUGACGAGGACAACCUCUCCCUGGCGCAUCUGAAAACCAUCAAACAUGAACUUCUCCACAGUGUGAAUGAUAUUGUCGCAGUGGGAGUUGAAAGCUUCUAUGCAACCAACGAUCACUACUUCACUUAUGGAAUCCCUACAGUACUUGUGGAAGCUCUGCUGGCUCAGCCUUGGACUAAUGUUGUUUACUACGGUCCCGAGGAAGUCAAAGUGGUCUCUGAGGGAUAUUACUUUGCAAAUGGCAUCAAUAUCUCACCAGACAAAAGGCAUAUAUAUGUUGUAGAUAUGUUUGGUCACAACGUACAUGUGCUGGAGCGGAAAGAAGACAAUACAUUAGUCUCUGUGAAGUCUGUGGCUGUGGGCUCACUCUGUGACAACGUCGAAGUUGAGCCUGAAACCGGUGACCUGUGGUUGGGCUGUCACCCUAAUGGAUGGAAAUUAUUCAUGUUUGACCUCAAGGACCCACCUGGAUCAGAGGUCAUCCACAUCCAGAACAUUCACUCUGAUCAGCCAGUGGUGACUCAGGUGUACGCUGACAACGGCGAUGUGAUCAUGGGCUCCUCGGUAGCGGCUACUUAUGGGGGGAAGUUGCUCAUUGGUACUGUGUUCCAUAAAGCUGUGUGCUGUGAUUUAAAGUAGGCAAUGAGUCUUGGACUGCUGCACCCGACGCCAACUCCAGUAGAGCUACAAAAAAACAUGGCAUUUAAGCAGAAGAGUUUAAAAGAAAAUAAUUAAAAUUUCAGUAAAAAAAAAAAGGAAACUGACCACUUUGCAAGGCUCUCAAUCUGUUCGCUGUCUAAUUGAGAGUCUUGCAAAGAGGUGAAGUGAUAUUUUAACCUGUUGUACUAGGCAAAGAAAGAUCGGUGGAUGACGUUCACCUGAUUUUGUAGCAAUGAGCCCUGGGUACAACAGCGUAUUACAAAAUGGUGUCCGACACAGAAAUGACUGAAGUAGUUGUAAAACAGUAUUUUCAAUCAAAUGUGAAAGGUUCAUAUAAUUGCUUUGCUGUGUAUCAUGAAAAGAAUAUAUUUUGACUGAAAAAUGCUGAAUCUAUGCAUAUUCAUGUGUGUGAAUGAAUAUUUUUACAUGUGGUAAUUGCUAUUGUUAAUCACAUUGUUUCAUGUAUUUGAAUGUAAAUAAAAUAAAAGUCAUGUUUCAA